AUGGCUGGGACCAGAACAAUUGCAGUUGUCGGGGUUCUUGGUGCGAGAACCGCAAACCGCAAUGUGAUGACUGGGACUGGGAGAACUGCAGGUGCAAUUCAAAAUGUCCAGUUUUGCAAGGAUAAACCUCCUGAUUGCAAAGAAUGGGACGAUGAAAACUGCACUUGUAGUGAAAAUAUUUCCACUACUGAAACUACCGCGAGUGAAAUUACCUCGAGUGAAACUACCUCGAGUGAAACUACCUCGAGUGAAACUACCUCGAGUGAAACUACCACUACUGAAACUACCGCCACUGAAACUACCACGAGUGAAACUACCACGAGUGAAGCUACCACGAGUGAAACUACCACGAGUGAAACUACCACGAGUGAAACUACCACCAGUGAGCCUGCCGUUAGUGAGCCUGCCGUGAGUGAGCCCGCCGUGAGUGAGCCCGCCGUGAGUGAGCCCGCCGUGAGUGAGCCCGCCGUGAGUGAGCCCGCCGUGAGUGAGCCCGCCGUGAGUGAGCCCGCCGUGAGUGAGCCCGCCGUGAGUGAGCCCGCCGUGAGUGAGCCUGCUGGCAGUGAAACCGCCACGAGUGGAAGUGAUCAGAGUGGAAGUGAUCAGAGUGGAACUGACCAGGGUGCAAGUGGGGAGUCACUACGACGGAAAUUGCGACGAAUUAUGCAAUUUUAA